AUGGUUCAUUGCAAAUUCAUGGAAACAGUUAGUGAUAAUGGACGUGAACAGGAUCUUUCAGUCGAUUCUUCAUCCAAAGUUUAUUGUGAAGAUUGUGAUAAAGCAAGAUCGAAUGGCGGCAAUCAUAUUGAAAAUCAAGAAGAUUUGGAUCGCGUAAAACCUUCAACAGAGACACAUAUAAAAUUGCCAUUUCCACCAACAAUUCUUCCAGAAGAUUUAGUCAAUGAUCUAUUGAAGAGCAAGUCUCAAUCUCCAAAGAUGUUGAAUGAAUUCUUUAUUUAUCGUAAAGUAUUUGUUCAAGAACUUAGGAAGCAAAAACUCCGGCCUAAGAUGACACGAGCAUCUAAGCUGGCAUCAAUUUCAUGGCAUCAAGAGUCAUCAAAUGUUAAAAAUGAAUAUAGAAGACUCGCACGAGAAGUUGAAAAACUUUAUCAAAAUGCCAGGAAUGAAAGAUUAAGAUCUCAAAAUAAAGAAAAAGUUGAUGAACAAAAUACAAUUUUCACGAAUCCUACAACUACUAAUUCUACUAUUGCAGUUUCUGAUAUUUUCAGUAACGGUAACGGUAAUGAUAACGAUAAAAUCGAGCCUUAUUCACCGAUCGAGGCAAAAUCAUGUACGUCAUCAGGACAAUCCACAAACACUAGUCCACACUUGCAUAAUACUACAUUUGUGCCAAUAAACGACUUGUAUACACAAUAUACAAAUACACAAUACACACAAUAUGAUCAGAAUAACGUAUAUAUGCCAGGCCAUGAUGGUAGCAUGCAUCUUUUGGACUUUUCAAAUUCAUUACCAUAUCCGAACCAAGCUACAUCCUUUGAAUUUGUUGAAUUCGUUCCAACAUAUUCAUUAGAACAAAAUAUUUUUAUACAAGAUCCAAAGAAUUUAAGAAUUCGUGAAUUUUAUUUUAUUUUUUACUUAACCUAA